AUGGCAGACUCUAUAAAAACUUUAGGAUUCAGAUGCUUUAAAAACUGCACCAGAUUGUCCAAGGUAGUACUUUCUCAAAGUCUUGAAAAAACAAAUGUAGAAUGUUUUUCUGGGUGUGUUAGUCUCAAAGAUAUUGAAUUACCAAAAAGUCUCACUGACAUGCAAGAAUCUGUUUUCAGUGGAUGUGUAAGCCUUACUAAAAUUGUUAUUCCAAAAAAGAUUAAUAAACUUGAUUAUGGUACUUUUGAAAACUGUGACAAGUUGGAAAUAGUACAGUUUUUAGGCGAUUUUAGAAAUUUGGAAGAUUGUGUAUUUGCCAAUUGCAAGAGUUUGAAAGAAUUUGUAUUUCCAGGAAAUUUUUUCAUGAUUGGGAAAAGGUGUUUCCAAAAUUGUGAAAAACUAGAAAAAAUAAUUUUUAACUACAAUAUAUAUCUUUAUGACCAUCUUCUAUUCAGUGGAUGUGUAAGUCUCAAAGAAAUUGAAAUUGAUUUUAUGUACGUGCCUUUCAGAUGUUUUGAUGGAUGUGUCAACCUUGAGAAAGUCACUUUUGGAGAUAAGGCUGAAAUUAUUUAUAAGUGGUGUUUCAGAAAUUGCAAAUCGUUAAAAGAAAUCACUUUGCCGAAGAACCUCUGUUAUAUCAACGAAAAAACGGUAUUUGAGGGGUGCGAUAAUCUGAAGAAGAUCAUUUACCCAGAAAACUACAAAAAGGAUAUUUAG